AUGACAUCAGAAAGUGGAAGCUUUGAAAAGUUUGGCAAUCUAACGAUUCUGCCACCGGGAGGGGAUAGUAUUGAGAAGGAGAUCGAUCGGAUUAUCGAAGCCGGAACACGCGAGCAUCCGCUGCACGUGCUCGAUCUGGACGAUGUCGUCCGGAAGCACCUGAACUGGUUGCGUACCAUGCCCCGGGUUACUCCGUUCUACGCCGUCAAGUGUAACGAUGAUCCAGCGAUCCUGGCCACGCUGGCUCGUCUCGGAACCGGCUUUGAUUGUGCAUCGGAAGUCGAGAUACGCACCAUCCUGGGGUUGGGUGUUAAGCCAGAACGAAUCCUAUUUGCACAUCCUAUCAAAUCCAUUCCAGCGCUUGCCUUUGCUCGAUCGCACGGCAUUAGGCGGAUGACGUUCGACAAUGAGUGUGAGCUGGAAAAGGUGGCCAAAGCGUAUCCGGAUGCAGAGUUAGUGCUUCGUAUCCGGCACGAUGCCGAUCAAGCGUUGAUUCCGCUGGGCAAGAAGUUUGGAUGUAAUCCCCGCGGAGAUGGACUUGGAUUGAUGGAUCGUGCGCACGAGCUCGGUGUAAAGGUGAUUGGCGUUAGUUUCCACGUUGGGUGUGGUAGUUUAGAUGCGGAUUGUUUCUAUCAUGCGAUCGAAUCCGUCCGUGUAGUGUUCGAUUACGCUCAGUCGAAGCUCGGUACGCGGUUGGAAUUGGUAGACAUCGGGGGAGGAUUCCCCGGAGAUAAUGAUAAACCGAUCCAGGCGUAUGCUGAAGCAGUACAGAGGGGUCUGCAGGAGUUCUUUCCCAACCCCGAAGAAGUGACCGUGAUUGCGGAACCGGGCAGAUACUACGUUGGUUCCGCCGUCACACUCCUUUCGACCAUUCAGGGCAAGAAGGUGAUCUACGACCCAGAGUUCGGACAGCGAGAAAAGAUUGCCCAAAUCAUGUACUACAUCAAUGAUGGUGUGUUUGGGACGCUGUUUGAUUGGUUGAGCUUACGGCAGAUCAAAGAUCUGUAUCCGGCCGUACCUUUGAUAAGGCGUGAGCGGCGCAAUGAAGCUACCUUCCCGACCACCAUCUGGGGACCGACCUGCGACUCGACCGACAUUGUUUGCGAGAAUGUGGACUUCCCCGAGCACCAAAUCGGGGACUAUAUCGUGUUCGACAAUCUCGGUGCAUACGGGAUGCCCUUUGCCACCAACUUCAACGGGUUCCCUAAGCCUACUGUGCAGGUCUAUGUCAGUGAACAUACCUGGACGAUGCUGCAACAAAUCACCGACAAGGACUGGAAGGAAAAAACGUUGUCCUUCCUCGAGAGUACUUACCGGCAUCUGAUCCGGAAUUGACUCGAGUGCAAGGUGGAAUCUCCA